CGGAAGUGGCGGGUUGCUGUAGUAACGGCCGGGGAGGUUGACAUGAAGCGGGAUUUCGGUUUGACGGUGGCGGGGACGCAGGUUGUGUUGGCGGCGUCUUCAGAUGAGAAACACCCGCCGGAGAACAUCCUGGACGGUAAUACAGAAUCAUUUUGGAUUACAACAGGAAUGUUCCCACAAGAAUUUAUCCUAAGUUUUGCUAAUCUUAUAAAAAUUAGCUCAAUGAAAAUUCACUGUUACAAUGUGCGUAACCUUGGUAUUGAGAGAAGUAUAGCAAGAGAUCCUGUAGAUUUUGAACCAUUGAGUAACAAUGAACUUGAGCGCUCUGAGGAACAGCUUCAAGUAAAGGAAUUUACACAGGAUGAAACUAGAGCUACACAUCUACGAUUUAUCAUAAAGUCUGGUUUUGAUCACUUUGUGUCAGUACACAAGGUUACAGUGGAAGGUACAGAGGAAGAUGCCUGAGUCUACACUGCACAACUCUUGCUAACAGGACUUGAUGGAACAUUGAUGUUGAGAAAAUCUAACUAGUGUACAUCCAUCUACAGUAUAUUUAUUAUAAACCAUAAUUAGUGGAUUGUUAUUGUGAAUAAAUUAUUUUGGUUUUGUAAUACUGUGCAGUCUUCAUUGGUAAUUCCUGAAAGUACUCUUGAUUAACAUCUGAAUGAACCAUGAGAACUAGUACAAGAUCUUCCUGUUUCACUAUUGAAGGAUUUUUAUCUGACAUGUCACUUCUGGAUCCACCAUCAGUAUGUGCACUGUACUUUAUUACUGUCCACUCUCUUAUCAUUCUGCCAUUCCAUGGCCGUUAUUUAUUGGUCAGCCAGAGGUUUGAACCAAUAUUUAAAUCUUUAGAAUAAAGGCAUGUCAAUAGUUUCUUUACACAUGGAAUGCACUGCCAGCAGUGGUAGUAGAGUCAGAUGCAUUAGGGACAUGUAAGCGGCUCUUGGAUUGGAACAUGGAUGGUAGAAAAAUGAAGGGUGUGUGGGUUAAUUUUGAUUUGAGGAGGAUAAUAGGUGAGCACAACAUCGUGGGCCGAAGAGUCUGCACUGUACUGUUCUGUUCUAUAUUCUAGUUAUAACUUGGAAUCAAUGUGGAGCAUUAACUGUAACAAAUAUUCCACUCCCUUAGAGGUAAAUAGAGUUCUUCCACGUAAGGCAAUAAAAACACAUUCAAAAACACUUGGAUUGUAAUUAUUUAAUAGUACUGAUUGUAAAACUUCAUCUUACUGAGUUACGUGCUCUUAGCUACAUUUCAGAACAUCAGUCCACAGCUUUCUCUGGGUUUUGACUGUAAGCUUCAUAAACAAUGUAGCUAAAAUCAUUGUACUUACAGUGAGUAACUAUAUGCUUUAGGUCUUGACAAACAGAGUUUAAAAUGACAAAUAUUAAGUGCGCAUGAUUUUCAUGCUGGAAAGUUGAAAAGCAGAGUAUCAAUACUUCAAAUCUUAAGAAUUCAUUUACUUUGUUUAAAAUUCUAAGCAGCAUUGUCAAUAUUCUAUAAAUAUGUCUUUUCCAACUGUAGGCAUUAGUUAUCAGUGAAAUUGGUGGCACCACAAUUACUAAAUGCUGGUCAAGGAGCUAAUAUUUUCAGAGGAAAGAUGGACGAUAUUUUAACCACUAAAGUAAAACCUCUAUUAUAAAAAGAAAACAAAAGGUGAUAACUACUCAGUCCUGAAUGAGCAAUGGCACGCUAAUAAAAUAUCUAACUUUCCCAAGCUGUUUGAUCUGAUUUAAUUCCUGAUAACAAGUAAAUAUGAUUAUUUAAUUUUUUCUGUAAUAUUAACCAACUGUAAUUUUGCUUUUUGCAUUGUACAGGGUUGGUCAACUUAGUUAAUUUUGUGAAGCUGUUUGCUAUGCUGUUUUCAUAACAAAGAAAACAAGUAUUCUCGAAUUUUGGUUCUUAAUGACCCUUUUUUCAGUACUUGCCUAAUGUCUAGUUUGUUUACUACAUUACUGCUUUAAUGAAAAUGUUGAUUUAAGUAGCUCAAAUAACAGAAAUAUUGCAACUAGAAGAAUGAAUUCUGAAGUGAAUGAGUUAAGAAAUCACAUUGUAUACAGAAGUUCACAGCUCUUAAAAUAAUUGCAUUAGGUACUCAUUGAAGAUAAUGCACAGAAAUCAUAAUUGCACACUUAUGAUGUAACAUUAAGUGAGGUUAUUAAUUCAUAUACAAUAGUAUCUUCCUGAACAUGGUACAUCAAAUACACAUCCCUUUUGGAUAUACACAUGAUUCUGUAAACAGAUCAAGUAGACAGAACCAAUGUUUAUUUUCAAAUCUUCUGAUUAAUUUGUAAAUUUGUGAAAUGAUUUCAGUGUAAGAAUGCUACCAUUGUUUCUAAGUGAUUACUACAUGUGCUUCCACAAAAAAAAAGAAGGCAUUUUGAUUAGCCUGAAGAGAAAAUGGAAGAGAAGGGGAAGGAUUAUAAAUGGAAUGCCACUUGUAAAUCUUAAAAGCCCACUCUAACCUUCCAACUAUAUAGGAAAACAAGAUGAAGGGACAAUGUUUUAUGACUGGAAUUUGCAGGAAUCCAUGGACCUUGUUCAUUUAAGAAUAAGGUUGUUUGUUUUUGUCAAUUUUUGUUUUAAAAACAGUCAAUGAUGAAUGUUUUAAAGUAUACACUGGUGAGGUAUCAGGAUUUUUUUCUUACACCCUGCUGCCACUGGCACUCCCUCCUUAAAAAAAAAGGUGGAAUGUACUGUCCUAACUUUCAAAUGCUAUUACGAUGAUUUAAAAUGAUAAUUACGCAUUUUGAUUUUCAUAUAUAUGAAAACAAAAUAAGCAGACAUCUUUGGGGUUAUGUCCAAUAGUGACUGAGAUCGGUGAGUGGCUAAAAUAGCCUCUGAGCAUCUGCAGUGGUGCAGUUUAAGGCAGUGAUGGAAUCCAAAGUAGUUUUACUUGCAUUAAAAUUUUAGCACAACGAUGUCACGUAGUUGUACCUAUUGUACAAAUUUGGUUGAUGUCUGACCUGAAGAAGCAAAAAAAUAUAUAGUUUAAGCACUCGCUAAAUGCUGGCUGUUACUCCUGAUGGGAUUAGAAUGUCUGUCUUGUCUGAGUUUGCAAUAAUUAAGAGGUGUGUGUCUUCAAAGUUAGUAAUGUUAGUAGAUAUACCAGAUCUAUGAUUUAACUAAGUGAAAAGUAAUACAUGUACUAAAUAAAAUAAUACAGAAUAUUAAUCUGAUCUCCCGCAGCUGGGUUAUGAGAUUUCACCUACUACUGCCAGUUUGACAGCUGCUGCACAUUCACUCAAGUAGUUUCAAGGAAGAGCUAUUUUGUUCUUAAGUUCCUUAAAGGGGGUAGCAGUCCUGUUUAAUAUGUGUUUAAAAUGUAUAAAUCCACAUGUUAGUACAAGAUGGUAGUCCUAAAUAAAAAGUUAGAAGUAGAUAGCGUAUAAGGAAAUUUCAAAGAGAUAAAAAGCAGUAGACUGUAGGGACAGUGAUAAUGGGAACUGCAGAUGCUGGAGAAUCCAAGAUAAUGAAAUGUGAGGC